AAUAUAUACAUUUAUUUCUUAAAGACCAUGCUAUUUCAUCGAAACCUCAAACCUUCCCCUUCUCCUAUACCUUUCUUGUCCGAAAUCAAACCAAGAACCCAACCCCACGUAAUUUUUCCGCAUUCGGAUCAAAACCCAUCUCUGAAUUUCCCCCAAAUUCCCUUUUGCCUCGCAUUCAACCUCAGAUCCAUAGCUUUCAGUCGUUUAACUCAAUCAAAACUCUGCCCUUCACAAUCUGGGUUUGAUUCUGUGUGGAUUUGUGAUUCUCUGUGUUUCUUUCAAUGUGGUUUAGAGAAAGGGUUUAAAGAGAAAGAGGGAAGAAAGAAGGUGUGGUUAUGGCGGGUCAAGUGGUGAGAGUGAAGAGGGAAAUUCUUGAAGCAUGCAUGACGUGCCCUCUUUGCAACAAGCUCUUGAAGGAAGCUACUACCAUAUCUCUUUGCCUUCACACGUUUUGCAGGAAAUGCAUAUCUGAGAAACUCUCAGACGAGGUUGAUUGUUGUCCUGUAUGCAACAUUGAUCUGGGAUGUCUUCCUGUGGAAAAACUGAGGCCAGACCACAAUUUGCAAGAUAUAAGGGCCAAAAUAUUUCCUCUCAAGAGGAGAAAGAUUAAUGCACCUGAAAUUUCACCCUUGGCUUCAUUGCCUGUAAAAAGGAAGGAGAGAUCGCUAUCUUCAUUGGUGGUAAACACUCCCAAAGUGUCAAUGCAGAGUGGUGGCUUGACUGGAAGAAGAUCCAAGAAUGUGGGAAGAAAGGCUGCUGCUUUACGAGGAUGUAGUUUUGGCAGUGAGGAACCGCUAAAGAAAGAAGAAGAUUCUGGAGAAGAUCAUACACCUAGUUCCAGCUCUUCCGAUUAUAUGAAUAAAAGUGUCUGGCACAGAAGACAGGACUCAUCUAUGGCUGAGCCGUCUAACAGUCUAAGACAUGAGCAUCUUGAGAAUAAUGUUGAAGCAGUAGAAGGAAAAGCUGAUCUCUGGACACCCUUGAAUUGUUUGGUUGAGGCGGCUAACCGAACAAAGUCUAGCAAGCUAAAUUUCCAAGGGUCAUCGGUGGCCAAACUAGAACCAUCCAAUGUUGCCAAUGGUGAUGUUGAUGCACAAGAAAGUAAGGAGAAAGCACUGUCCCUUGGUGCUCCAAAUUAUGGAUUAUAUAUGCCCAAAACAAGAAAUAAGGAGCAUGGAAGCAACCCAAAGGCAAAAGAUAACCAUAACAACGGGACCACAUCACUCCCGGAAUCCAUGAAACGCAAAAGGUUGCGGGCAACUGCUCGUAACAAGGCAGCUGCAUCUGGUGAGCUAGGUUCUCCAGCACAAGUCCUGCUUGAUGCAUCAGCUGCUAAAUGUAGAAGAAAUAGUCCAAUUUGGUUCACAUUAAUUGCUUCCGAAGACAGUUUUAGGAAAGGAGGUUUUCCGUUGCCUCAAAUAUCAACUUCUUACUUGAGAAUAAAGGAUGGGAAAAUGCCUGUUUCUUCUAUCCAAAAGUAUCUUGUAAAGAAACUAGAUCUUAAGAGUGAAGCUGAGGUGGAAAUAUUGUGUCGGGGUCAGCCGGUACGACCAACACAGCAGCUACAGAACUUGGUCGACUUGUGGUUUCGAACGGCAUCGACAGCAAAGAAAAUUCCAGCAUCUGUUGGUUCAUCUGCCAAGGACUUUGUUAUGGUCCUAUCGUACUGUCGAAAAGUCCAGACCCCUUGACAAUUUUCAAAAUCCUGUUUUUGCUUCUGUACGUCGUUUGCAUCUUCUUGUUAUGUUUAAUGAGUAUCAGAGUAGGGACCCGAACCCUUCGGGUUCGUCAUAUUUGUGUGAACAUGCAGGUGAUUAUUAUAUAUCCGAAUUCUUUGAUUGUUUUAUUUCAACGGUAUACCCAUACAGAAUGAACAUUGGUCCA